CAUGAAGAUUUAUUUUGCGACACUCAGUUGGUUAUUUGUUCCAUGUAUGUUUAAAGAUUUCAUAACAAACAAAUCUAUAGAUUUUUUACGGCUCAUAAAUUUAAGAUUAGACAAACUUCGCAAAGAAAAAACAAUACGAAUGGCUAUUUUAUGGACGUCUUUGCGUGAAUUAUUGCUGAUUGGAUUUCUUUUAAGAAUAUUUGGAAUAAUUGCAUUUAUUUGUGAUCAUUAAAAGGAUAUGCUUUAAGACCUGUCGGCAGAUAUUAGAAUAAUAUCGGAUUAGAUGCGCUGAAGUCUCCGGCGUACAAAAAAUUAAUAAAAACAUAGGAGAUCAAUAAAUGAUACUAAUGCAAUUAUCAGUGAUGAAAGGACGGGUGUUACGAACUGGAAUACCUUAGCUAUUUUAUUUUAUAUGAAUAUACUAGUGAAAAUACUAUUUAAGUACUUGGGAGUUUAAGGAACUUCUUGAUUAAAAUAAUUAUACUUUUAACCUUAUUUUCUUUGUGACCAGUAUGUGUACGGCAUAUAAGCGGACAUUUUAAUAUGUUAUAAUUACGUCACUUAUCAAGGUUAAUAUUUAAAGAAUGUCGGUGCCUGAAAGGUUGUUUGAGUGUAUUCUGUUCUGUUCUGAUUUGAAACACUAUAUUAAUAUUAAUAUGAUAGGAAAGAUAUAAGCGAAAAUUCUCCAAAUAUAAGUAUGAGGGAUGGCACUUGCAGAAAAUUAAACUGUCCUUAGAACCGGAUAGUCCGUAAAUAUGUGGCAUUUUAAGUUGUCAAUGUGUUUUUUUGAAUGAAAUAAUUUUAUAAAAAAUUUGGAAUAAAAUAUAUUGCUGAAUCUCGAUACUGAAAUACUUUAUUUGACACUUUGUUGCAUGUGACACACGUUAUUUUGUAUACUGUGAAACUAAUGUCAGCUUGAAGUUUACUGAAGGGAACAGUGAUUUCAAGUUCACUGAAGGGAAACAGUGAACAGGUGAUCAAUCAUUUUCUGUGACACACGCGAGACUAUGGUAGCAGAUAAGAGACAAUGGUAAAAUGUUGUAGAAUAGCAUCGUGUAGAAGACUUCAUUGCUCCGACAUAGACCUUUCACAUCAGGACCCGUCCUUGUUUAUAAAGACUCGGCUUCCUGUCAACUGGAGCCCCUGGGUGGCUAUAGUUUGGAACGCUGUUUGGUUUCUUUUUUUCACCGUCAUCUUGUUUGUUGACAUAUUCUUCUAUACCGGGAAGGACCGAAACUUCUGGAUAAUUUACCUCUCUCACUGGUGUUUCAUUCUCGCAAUUGUAACAACGCUGAUGGAAGCUCUGGUCAGAAUAUAUACUGUAAAAUUGUCGUCUGGAAAAGACAAAGAUGUUUCUGAAGAAAUCAGUCGGAUGCAGAAAGUACAGUGGAUUUUGUACACCACAAAUAACGUAGUUUCUUUGUCAAUGACAAUAAUUUACUUCAGUUUGAAUGACAUUAAUAUGUCUCUGUCAAAUGUGAGCAUGCAUAUCCUUACAAGCGUUUAUGUGAUGUUGAAUACCUCAAUAGUGUCUUCUAUUCCAGUGAAAAUCUUUCACUUUUAUCAGCCAGUCGUCUUCUUUAUAUUCUACGCAAUAUUCAUAAGCAUUUAUCAACACGUUACGCCUCACGCUGGAGUACUAGUUAUAGACUGGGACAAUACUACACAAACUGCCAUUUUAUUAUCAAUCAUGAUAGUGGCAGGGCCUCCAUUUUUACACUGUUUGCUAUACUGCGCGUAUAAUUUACGAGAACAUUUAUUGAGAACGUGUUCAAGUUCCGGUAGCUCUUUACAGUUAACUUCUACAAUGCAAAGGGACAUUACUGCUACUGACGUAAUUCUCGAGGAUUCCGGAAGUCCAGAGUUUAUUGAUAUCAAACCGGAUGUGAAAGACGACAUUUUAUUAAAAUCUACCUCUAGUGCCAAUGGAGACGCUUUUCAACACUUAAACGGACGGCUGAAUAAAAGUGAAACAGACCUUAGGGAUUAUAGAUUAAGAAACGGACUUUAUUGUGAAUUUGCUAGAUCUAGUCUUAUAUUACACACCAGAAAUAAAUCAGCAAGUGAUAUAUUUGGAGAGGAUAGUGACUUGGAUAGCAGUCGGACGAAAACGCCGGAACGUAAAGGAAGUAAAAUAAUUGUUGUUAAAAAGUGUGAAACAUGUACGGAUGAUGAUAUUGACGAUGAUGAAAAUAAUUCAAAAUUAUCCGACUGUGAUUCAAGUGCCUCCUCUGAUUAUUUAAGUCAAUACUUUACAGAAGACAUAUUAGCUUAUUUAUAACAUAUACUGAUGUCCUAACAUAUUCAUUUUUUAUUCUAAUCUUAAUAAAUGUGUAAUAAUUC